AUGAAAAUGCUGGCAAGGAGUCAUGUCUGGUGGCCUCGCUUAACGUUAGACAUAGAGCAAGCGGUGAAAGAGUACAUCACUUGUCAGUUGUCACAGAAUGCGGCAGCUAGAGUGCCACUAAUGCCAUGGGGCUGGCCAACGCGUAGAUGGCAGCGAGUUCAUCUAGAUUUUGCGCAAAGGGACCAGCAUUUCUUUUUGGUCCUAAUGGACGCUCAUUCGAAGUGGGUUGAGGUGUUUGUCAUGACAACAACAACAAGUGAAAAGACAGUAGAGAAGUUGCGAGGUGUUUUUGCGGCCUACGGACUACCAGAGGAGAUCGUGACCGACAACGGGCCCCAAUUCACAUCGCAGCACUUCGCAACAUUCCUGAGCAGGAAUGGAAUUCGUCAUUCCAAAUCUCCUCCCUAUCACCCAGUUUCGAAUGGUAGCGCCGAACGGUGCGUUCAGACCGUCAAGAAGGACUUGUUUAAACAGAUACUAGACGAAGAAAGAAAAGGAGACAAGAAGUCCAUGCAACAUCGCAUAGACCAAUUUCUCUUCAGUUAUCGCAACACCCCGUCCAGCACCACUGGUGAGACCCCGGCCCAGAUCUUCUUGUCAUGGCAGCCAAGAACCAGGCUGAGUCUGCUGCACCCGGACAUGGAACAACGCAUGCGCGAAAAGGGGGAGCAGGCGAAGCUCCACGCAGACCAGAAACGAGGGCCAUGGAGAGACUUUUCGGAAGGCGACCAGGUUUUGGUAAAAGGACUCCGCCCGGACGACGACAAAUGGCUGUUGGGGUCACGGCAACAUACCGACGACUACAAGGCUAUCGAGGUGCACAUUAAGCUCGCCAAGCCCACCGACAAGACCGCAUUCAGCGCUGCGCCAUCUUGUCUGGCCUGCAUCAAAGCUUUUGUACGCGAAGAAGUUGCUCGCCAGCUCUCGCUCAUCACCAGCCUGCCGGAACGAAGUACGCCGCUAAUCCCUCACUACAACACAUCAUACAAGGUCAAGUGUCUGAGGUCCUUGCACCAGAGCGGGCACCACCAGUCACCGCACUAUUGA